CACGUUGAUUCAACUUCAUCACAUUGCAUUUUUUUGUAGAAAUGACAUGUAAACAACGUUGAUUCAACCAGUUUUUGCGCAGUGGGGUAUUUCAGCUGUGAGGCUAUCAAUUUGUCAAGUUGCACACAUAAAAAUACCACAUAAAGCCAAGAACAACACCAUUGUUCUUUGAGUUGACAACUCCACCCCACCAUUUACCACCGCAAUAAAUAAACUUUGGUGGAGAGGGCUGGAGUGCUUUCUGUUGUCUGUAGCAACCGCGCACCUAUAGCCUAUUCUGCAAAACCAACUCGAGUUGGAGACGAGGCACAAAAAGUUAACCUUUGCCGUCGUACGCAGUGAAGGAACUUCAGCAUAGAGUAGCAUAAACUAUCGAGGAAGCAUUAAUAACGAAUAUAGUUCAAUAGGACUAUUUUAUGCUCUCAUCACCAUGUGACGUAUGCGACCGUUUUUAUCCUGGAGUAUGACAGAUACAAUGUCUAGACUGUCCUCGGUUGCUUCUCUUCGACUACCAGCCAUUCAGCACCCGUUAUCAAGACUCAUAGACCCAGAAACCCUCUCUCUCAGAGGCUACUCCAGAGAUUACGCUGGGAGUGACGAAGUUGUACCGCCGGGGUUGCGGGAUGGGGACCUCGACUUUGUUUUCCGAGGUCAAAACACAAGAAGGGCCACAGGUUAUCCUUAUGACAAGGCUCCGCCGAAGCAGAGCAGUUUCAGCCUGGUCUCGCAGCCAAUCCCCGAAGGAGUCAAAGUCUCAGUAGCCCUUGAUCCGGUUAAACCACGGCUGCCCAUCUUUGGUCAGCGGGUGGCACCAGAGAGCAGGGGGAGCCGAGUCACCAGCCUAACCAGUACCAUUAAAACCAGCAUCACCAGUCAAACCAGUACCAGCAGAACCAGUAUCCUUACCAGAACUACUACCGCAGCCUCCUGCCCUGAGGCCCAGCUCAGGAUCCAAGUGGACCAGCUUGAGCGCGAGCUAAGGCAGAACAUUCAGUUGUUAGGACACUUGAACCUUCAACGAAUGUUCAAGAACAACCAUCCGGAGGGAAAAGCACUGGCCAACAGAGAUGUGUUGCUGAUGAUCCUCACCAAGUUUCUGGGCCGAUUCAUCACACUGCAGCAGUACAGCCAGUUGCUGCUCCGACUGCAUUUGUCGAAGAAGGCAGCCAUUAGCUUUGAGGAGCUGUGGGAGGCCAUAAGAGAGUCUGGAGCAGGUGGACCAGCCACUUGGUUUAACCCCACCCAGGAUCCGAGCACAACCCCUCCCCUUUCUCCAGCUAAAGUCACAGCCUCCCAGACCCUAUCCCUAUUGCGGGGACAGGCCCAGAACAGGUUCCUGGAGGUCAUAGAGUCACGUCCCACAGAGCUAGGCCUACAGAGGAUCAGUUUGAUUGUAGCUCCAGAGCUGAAGAGAUGUCUUGCACAGUUGGGCCUCAACUUAGAGGACCGGGAGUUUGAGAAGCUUUGGAAGAAAUUUGACAGCAAAGGACUUGGAGCCGUGAACGUGAGAGGUUUGCUAAGGAAACUUGGACUGAGCCAGAUUAAGACCUCAGACACCAACGAUAAUAAUGAUCAAGUUUCAUCUUCUAUCAAUGGUGAAGACACCAAAGCCAGACCCAGGGCCCUGUCGAAGUCGGAGGAGGAGCGUGGGGUAUCCAUCACCAUGGAGAAGUGGCUGAAGGACAAGCUAAGGGAGGGCGUCCAGAGAAUGAAAUCCCAGUUUGACCAACUGGAUCCAGACCAGACCUGCAAGGUGGGCCUGGAGGAGUUUCUGCAGGUGUUGAAGACCUUUGGCCUGAAUCUAAAGAGGGAGCAUGUGGGCUUGUUUUUGGCUCGCUGUGGCCUGGGACUCAACAAGACAGGUGUGAUCCAUUACCCAGAGUUCCUCCGCAUGUUUCAGGACCGCAGCGAGGAAGGGGUCACACAUAGGAUCCUAUCCAAUCCACAACACAGGUUUCACCAUAUCCAGGGGAGCAUCAGCCAUGCGUCCACAGUCACCAUGGUGGAGGCUAAACUGGUUCGACUCUUCCAGUCAGAGUACCUCGCUCUGUUAGAAAUGUUUCAGAGCAUUGAUAAAUGCCACAGGAGGGUGGUGAGCCAGGAGGAGUUUCGAGCAGCGAUUGAGAGCAGAUUUGGCCUGGAGGUCGCGGAACCUGAGUUUGAACAGCUGCUGGACAGGCUGCCCCUGGACAAGGACGGAAAUGUCCAGUACCCAGUCUUCAUGGCCGCUUUCGACACAAGGAGAGGAGUUCCCAGCCUUUUCGAGGCAAGUCCUGCGGGGAAUUUGGGGCGUACAAACGAAGAACAGGAGGGGCUAAACGUGCAACUCGAGAAUGAGGAGAGUGGGACUCUGGGACGGGGACGGAGUGUGGCACAGCUGUUCCAGAUCAUCAAGGCCCUGGUGAAGAACCACUACCAGGCAGCAGAGCGAGUCUUUGAGAAGCUGGAUGAGAAGAACACCAAACGUCUCAGUCAAGAGACCUUCUACCAGCUUCUAAAGAGAUUUGACAUCCACCCCGAAGUGAGCCGGGGGGAGAUCCGACAUCUUUGGGUCACUUUGAUUACCAACCAGGACAGGACGCUGGAUUUCUUGCAGCUUGCGCGCCACUUUGGCUACUCUCCCAAGUCCUCGUGCUUUCCCAACGCCAAGCGCAGCCCCCCGAAGAAAGGGGAUGAGAAUCUCCGGCAGUGCUCCAGAAAGCUCCACUGUGUGUCUGACAUACUUGCAGAUGGAGUGCGUGCCAAGGUGGAGCUGUCAUUGGAUGAGUUGCGGGCGGAGUUCGAGGAGUUGGAUCCUUAUAGGACGGGGUUUGUGAGCCAGGAGGAGUUCCAGGAAGUGCUGAAAGGUCUGUGUGUGCACCUCGAUGACUACGAGUGGGAGAUGCUGGCUCGAAAGUUUGACAUCAACAGGGAUGGAAGGGUUUCCUUCGUUGAGUUCCUGAGGCCCUUUGGGAGACGGAAACAGCCGUGGAGGCAUGGAUCCAACAUGGCCGGCAUACUGCAGUUCCAUAACGAAACAGAGGAUCUGUCUGCAGAGAAAGGCUCUUCCUUGUGUGACCAAGUACCACUAAGCUCAAGACUAAGGAAGAAGCUUCAGCGGCAGGGCAAGAUUCUGCGUCGGGCCUUCCACAGGCUGGACAGCUCCGACAGUGGCUACCUCUCCCCAGGCGAGUUCCGAGCGGCUCUGCGGCUGUGUGACGUACCCUUGGACCCGAAGGAGUACUACCAUGUCUUGGCCGGGCUGGACCGAGACCUGGCAGGCCGGGUGGCCUAUCGCCGGCUGAUCCAGGACAUAUGCAAGAGAAGAACCUCUGGGACUAGAGUAAAGUAAAGAGUCAUCAUCAUCUGUCAUAAUGACGUCAUUUCCGGGUUGAAAUAGUUUUUUCUGGUUGAUGUGACGUCAGAUUAUACAACAAAUUUAAGACGUAUUUUCCUGGUCACUAAAAAGAUGUCUAAAUAACAUCCUUUUACAAUCGCCUUACAACCUGACCGUGAUGUUACAAAAUAUGCCAGCUUGUCAUUGCAACCAGAUUUGCCUGCUGGGCAAAUCAGCAGGGGCAAUUUGCUUUGCAUUAGGUUGUCAAAAGGACAUACAAACAACAUUUAGACAUCAAAUCAAAUGUAUUGGUCACAUACACAUGUUUAGCAGAUGUUAUUGCGGGUGUGGUGAAAUGCUGUACAUGACUGUAUUUAUUGAAGUGUCACUCCACAAUAAUACAACCCAGCUAUCACAUAACGUUUUGAGAAACACGUUUCUUAGAGCUUGGUGAAAGUGUGGUUGUCCUCUGGUUGUUUUGCAUUCCCAUUCUGGGAAUGGUGCAGGAUACCCAGCUAGCACAUAACAUUCUGAGAAUUAUGUUAGAAAUUAAGAAACCAUGUUCUUCUGUGAGAAUGCCAGUACUUCAGCAUAACGUUUUCUAUAGGUAUCCUCAUUGUUCUAUUUAAAAAUAAUAUUCUCAGGAUGUUCAGAGAACUAAAAAACAACGUUCUUCUGUGGGAUUUUCAGUACUUCAGCGUAACAUUUUCUGCAAGUUUCUUCAUGGUUCUAUUUAAUGUCAUGGUCUCAGAACAUUCAGAGAAUGUUAAGAAACAAUGUAGUUGCUAGGACUUUCUGGCAGUGGUCUGAGUGGAAGGGGAAAACUGAAAACUAGCUGUUAUUGACAGAGAGGUUUGGAACUCUCGCUCUUAGUAGUCAAUUAACUAAUUUACCAAUUUUUUCAAACACGUCUCACACUAAAAGGGCAUUGUCAUAAUUUUCAUGAUUUCCCAAUAUUAUUCCAACGUCAUAGUGUGAAAAUAUAUACAGUGCCUUCUGAAAGUAUUCACACCCCUUGACUUUUUCCACAUUUUGUUGUGUUACAGUCUGAAUUACAAAUUGAUUAAAUUGAGAUUUCGUUUCACUAGUCUACACACAAU